AUGUCUAAGAUUCCUAGAAAUUUUAAAUUAUUAGAAGAAUUAGAAAAAGGAGAAAAAGGAUUGGGUGCUGAAUCCAUUUCAUACGGAUUAACAAAUCAAGAUGACAUAACCAUGACUUAUUGGAACGGGACUAUCUUGGGACCUCCACAUUCUACUCAUGAAAACAGAAUUUAUUCGUUAACCAUAGUCUGUGACGAAAGCUAUCCUGAAAAGCCACCAAAAGUGCAAUUUAUUUCAAAGAUCAAUUUGCCUUGUGUAGAUGAACAGGGAAAAGUUGUGGACUCAGUAUUCGACAUUUUGAAGAACUGGAAAAGAUCGUAUUCUAUGGAAACAGUUUUAUUAGAAUUGAGGAAAAGUAUGGCUGCUCCAGCUAACAAGAAAUUGGCACAACCUGCUGAGGGAACCACCUUUUAA